UGGAGUUUUGGCUGCGGCGGCCGGAGCGGCCAUGGACGCGCUCAAGUCCGCGGGGCGGGCGCUGAUCCGGAGCCCCAGCCUCGCCAAGCCGAGCUGGGGGGGAGGCGGCCGGCACCGGAAAGCAGAUGCUGAGACAAGGAUCUGAGUACAAGUCAUGUAUUUGGGAAGAGAUCCCAGGAAAUAUCAUCAGGAGAAGGGAGAAGAAGGAAGUCUGGAAAGUGGACAAUAUGAAGCCGGUUAUCACUGUGGGCGACGGGUGUGCCCUCGCGGGGGACUCUGGGAGGUGGUGUAGACGUGGUCUUCAGUUACUCUGUUCGAGAAGCAGUUCCCAUCAGUGGUGGGUGCAGGGCUGGUGGGAUGGGAGCUGUCCACGUCCCAGUCUGCAGGGCAUCAGCAUCGCCAGCUGCCGGCAGAGAGUGGCGUGUGCAAAUGGUACCCACCGAGGGACUGAUGAGCUGCCUGAGAACUGGACGGACACCCGGGAGACACUGCUCGAGGGGAUGCUGUUCACCCUCAAGUACCUGGGCAUGACGCUGGUGGAGCAGCCCAAGGGCGAGGAGCUGUCGGCUGCCGCUGUCAAGAGGAUCGUGGCCACGGCCAAGGCCAGCGGAAAGAAGCUGCAGAAGGUGACUCUCAAGGUGUCUCCACGGGGGAUUAUCCUGACUGACAACACCACCAAACAGCUCAUUGAGAACGUGUCCAUCUACAGGAUCUCCUACUGCACAGCGGACAAGAUGCAUGACAAAGUGUUUGCAUACAUCGCCCAGAGCCAGCACAGCGAGAACCUUGAGUGCCACGCCUUCCUCUGCACCAAACGGAAAAUGGCCCAGGCUGUCACCCUCACCGUAGCCCAAGCCUUCAAAGUCGCCUUCGAGUUUUGGCAGGUGUCCAAGGAAGAGAAGGAGAAGAGGGAGAAAGCCAGCCAAGAGGGCGGGGACGUCCUGGGUGGGGGCCGCUGCGACAGCACCCCGUCGUUGAAGAGCCUGGUUGCCACUGGGAACCUGCUGGACUUGGAAGAGACGGCCAAGGCCCCGCUGUCCACAGUCAGCGCUAACACCACUAACAUGGACGAGGCACCUCGACCUCAGGCCUUGAACAGCAGCAGUGUGGUCUGGGAGCUGGAUGAUGGCCUGGACGAAGCAUUUUCAAGGCUUGCCCAGUCUCGGACGAACCCUCAGGUCCUGGACACUGGACUGACAGCACAGGACAUCCAUUACGCACAGUGCCUCUCACCUGUCGACUGGGACAAGCCUGACAGCAGCGGCGCUGAACAGGACGACCUCUUCAGCUUCUGAGGGCCUGGUGACAGACCAAAGCCACCUGUGGUGGGGGGCCGCUCCAGGCCCCCCAGGCACCGUCUUCAGUCCGUCAGCUGCAGCGUCAGCCUGUAGACCAAAGCUGAGGCCGGUCCAGCAGGGGAAGGAGACAUUUGUUUCAAGCCCUCUCUUUCUCUAAGGACUGAAAGAUGCCUUGAAUAUUUAUUCAGUGACUCCUGGUUCAACUUGGAAGCUGGUUUUGUGUCAGGCACGAGCACAGUGUCAUAACCAGCUUCCUCCCAUCUCUUGAGCAGGCUGCGCUCUGCUAUGGGUGUCAGGACAGUGACCAAAGUAUUCCUUGUUCUUUCUCUCUCCAAGGACCUGGAUUUCCCUGGAGGUGCCCCUGCUGCUGACUGAACAUAGUCGGACCAUUCACUUCUGUCAUCUUUGAGUGUGGGAGGGCACCGCAGCCUCAGGAGAGGACCACGUCCUCGGGCAGGGACCCCGCAGGCCCAGGCUGGAGCCCCUGGACCUGGGGGCUGUCAGCAAUAGAGGAGCAGCCCCUGACCAAAGACAACACGUAGCUGGCACUUUAACACACUCACAGCAUUGUGGCCCCCGGGCCCGCGACGGCACUGCCCUGCUCAGAGCUUUCUUUCUGCCCUUCCUCUGCGGGGAGGGGCCCAGAGUCCCACUAGAUGGUCCCCGUCAGUGCUCAGAGCCAUGAAACUGGCUGCCCACAGACUCCCAGAGUCUCCCUGGAAUGGUGGGGAUCAUCUCUGUGUGAUUGCCCUCCUUCAGGUCCCCUACCACUCCCUUCCUCCCCUAUACGGACGAGGUUGUACCCAUUCAUCCGUCUGUGUGUCUGUGUGUGAGUGUCCCUGAGCCCCGGCUCCCGUACCUCCUGGGAUAAUGUGUGAAACCUAACCCAUCGACUCGUCUAAGGAUAUUUUGUUGCCAUUUUACAGAUGAGGACCUGAGGGGUAAGCUGUGGGUGGAGGUAAGAAGGGGUGGAGCCCAGAUCUGAUGCCAAAGCUGCCUUCUCCCUGGGCCCCUCAGAACUCACACCUUUUUUUCUAGCUUUGUUGUCUUCCCAGGAACCAAAAACCCCAGCUAUUUUCUGACCAAAAUGUGUUUCAUAACAAGCCAUCUGGUGGCUUUCCACGCGGAGCUGGCAUGCGCCUCCGUGCCCUGCGAGCCAUCUCGCUGCCGAGUUCCGUGGAAGUGCAAGUUCUCGAAGUCUGCUGGUUCAUGGGGUGAAACAAAACCAAAGUCCGCAGCGCCCCGCUGCCCUUCCCUGACACCCCCAUCCCGGUCGGGACAGGCCAGCGGCGGCCUGUCUUCAGAGUCUCCCUUCUACCCGGGACCCCCGGCCUCCUGAACCCAGCAGAGCUGCCGGCACCUCUGCCAGUCUGAGGUGCCUCCCAGGCCUGGCUUUGCUGAGCUUGUCACUCACUGGUGAUGGAUGGAGCAGGUUUCACCAGCCCAGGAAACACACCCCAUUGUUUCAGAUCUACUUACCUAACCGAGCGUUUGAAUCAAACACAAAGACACAAGUGCCUGGGUGAGGGGUGGGGUGGAUGUGUAGGGUCUCCACCAGAAUGUGGGGAGGGCUUCCUUUCCCUGCCCAGCUCCUGCACCCCGUGGCCUGGCCCCCAGACCUCCUUGGUAUCGGCCCCUGUGUUUGUUGUGGGCCUGACACGAGCUCUCCUUGGCACGAGGAUCCAGGAGCUCCUGUGAAAGUCUGUGCUGUGUUUGUGUGGGUCGGACCGUGGCCUUCAUCUCAGCCUCCGGCCAAUGGCGGUGGGUGUGCUGGCUGCAUGUCUGCUGAGAAGUCUUGUGCUUUCCUUUCUGUUGCUGUAAAGGAGUUUCUAAUGAGGAAAAUAAGUAAUAAACAUUCUCUUUUUGAAAUA